CGCAACAAACACGAUGAACAAAUUGGUACUUUUGGUGUUCUUGGCCGUUGUAGCUGUUGCCGCAGCUCAAGUCGAAGUUAGUGGUAAUGGAGUUCAUGGACUCGAAGGCGUAAAGCCAGUCGAAGUGAAGGACAAAAAAGAAAAUCGCCAUCAUGGUAACAGGCGUCAACAUGGAGGAAACCAUCGUCAACAAGGCGACCACAAGCACGAAGAACACGAACACAAACAUGGUGAACAUAAACAUGAAGAACAUCAACACGAAGACUACAAGCAUGGAGAACACCAACAUGGUGAACACGUGCACGGAGAACAUCAACAUGGUGAGCACAAGCACGGAGAACAUGAGCACAAGCAUGGAGAACAUCAACACGGUGAACACGUGCACGGAGAACAUCAACAUGGUGAACAUCAACACGGUGAACAUCAACAUGGUGAACACAAGCACGGAGAACAUGAGCACAAGCAUGGAGAACAUGAGCACAAGCAUGGAGAACAUCAGCAUGGUGAACACGUGCACGGAGAACACCAACACAAUGAGAAAGAACAAAACGGACGUCAUCAUGGUAGACGUCACUAA